CUCUCCGCGCGAGCCCACACCCGUACAACUCCCGCACACCUCACCAACAUGGCCAAAGCCGAGUCCUCCAAAGCCGCAGCCAGCAAUGGCAUCAGACCCAACCCGAACGCCGCCGGCGGUACCCAGUACGAGCUCCCAUGGGUCGAAAAGUACCGUCCCAUCUACCUCGACGACGUCGUAGGCAACACCGAAACCAUCUCGCGCCUCAAAAUCAUCGCCAAAGACGGCAACAUGCCGCACGUCAUCAUCUCCGGAAUGCCGGGCAUCGGCAAGACGACCUCGAUCCUAUGCCUCGCGCGCCAACUCCUCGGCGACGCCUACAAGGAAGCCGUGCUGGAGCUCAACGCCUCGGACGAGCGCGGCAUCGACGUCGUGCGCAACCGCAUCAAGGGCUUCGCCCAGAAGAAAGUCACCCUCCCGCCGGGGAGGCACAAGAUUGUCAUUCUCGAUGAGGCGGAUAGCAUGACGAGCGGGGCGCAACAGGCGCUGAGGAGGACAAUGGAGAUUUACAGCGGCACGACGCGCUUCGCGUUUGCGUGCAACCAGUCGAAUAAGAUCAUCGAGCCGUUGCAGUCGAGAUGUGCGAUUCUGCGGUAUGCGCGCCUCACGGAUGCGCAGGUCGUGCAGCGCCUCAUGCAGAUUGUCAGGGCCGAGGAUGUGAAGUACUCGGAUGAUGGGAUCGCGGCGCUCGUCUUCUCCGCAGAGGGCGAUAUGCGUCAGGCCAUUAACAAUCUGCAGAGUACGCAUGCUGGGUUCGGCUUCGUGAAUGGCGAUAAUGUGUUCAAGGUGGUGGAUAGCCCGCACCCCAUCAAGGUGCAGGCCAUGAUCAAGGCGUGUCAUGAGUGCAAGGUGGAGGAUGCGCUGCAGACGCUGAGAGAGCUGUGGGAUUUGGGUUACUCGUGCCAUGAUAUCAUCAGUACCAUGUUUCGCGUCACCAAGACGGUCGAUACGCUCAGUGAGCAUGCCAAGUUGGAUUUCAUCAAGGAAAUCGGCUUCACCCACAUGCGCAUCCUCGAAGGCGUCCAGACGCUGCUCCAGCUUCAGGGCUGCGUCGCCCGCCUCUCAAAGAUCAACAUGAAACCCCAGCUCUUCAUCGCCAAGGCAUCAUGAAUUGUUAAACCUCUUCAUUCAGAACAUUUAGCGUGGCGCCACAGGAGCAUAGGACACCCCCGUUCCCACCCCGACUGGGAGAUGGCAAGAGGUGGCGUCCAGGCAAGGUUUCCAGUCCCGUGUCAUUGCUGUCGAUAGGCUACCCUCCUUUCGAGGAUGAGUUCGGGAUCGGUAUGCGUAGGUAUUCUGGCUGGUAGCGGUAACCGCCGAACCAAUAGAUUAGAGGGCAAUGUGGAGGGUGAGAGCGCAAAGGUCAUGGGAGACAUAACUAGGCAUCAUCUGUGAUGGAUGCAACGAUAUCCUGAUAGUCAGGAGGAAUAUGGAUCCGUUGAGAGAUAGUGAAGGGCAUUCAUUGGACAUGUUGAGAGAGCAAGUGUGAGCAACAUACCCAACCUGUUCAGACGAAAGCAAAGGCGCGCCGAGUGAGCAAACAUG